CCUGUCUAUCCGCGUACAGACUGUCCUAACCCUUUGACAGUUCCUCGAGGCGCCGUUUCUUCUCUCCAUUUAAAGUGUUUGAAGCUUCAGGGCCUCAUUCUGAGAGGAACAGUGACACCUGGUGGCACUUUGUCAUUACAGCAGCCAUGAAGCUCAGGUUCAACAGCCCGCAAUCCGCAAUGCAAGGGUCAAGGGGGGCCACAGAGGGCUCCAGACCCCGAGGUGAUACAACCCCAUGUUGUUGGUGCUUUUUAUUAGUAUCAUUAUUAUUAGUGGUAAUAGUGGUGGUGGUUGUAAUGGUCUUGGUGGUGGUGGUGGUUGUAGUGAUUGUGGUAAUAGUGGUGGUGAUGAUCUCUGAUCAUGACGGGAACAGAGAAGGUGAAGUAGAAUUAUAUUGGUGAAAUAAGAGGUGGGGUCAUGUGUUCCCUCCCUCAUUCUCUCCCUCUGAAACGCUCAAACCAUCAGUCACAUGUCGCCACUCAAGGUCACUUUGUAUGUGUCCAUGCCGCUGGCGGCCAUGGCCACGUUUUCAGGUUAAAACUGCUUCAAGUUCAAGUGACUUCACAAAACACAUUGAAACAAACAGUGAGCUGCAGGUUCAACGUGUGUGAAGCCUCCAUGUUUCACAGUUCGUAGCUUCGCCGCAGCAGCGUCCACAUUUGUUUUGUUUGAGCGUCGUUUAAAAUGAAUCACAAUCAUUACAGUUACAGUUUGUCUGGAGUCCAAAAUCAGGAAAUCGUUUGUAGUUUUACAUGAAAAAGGACUGAAACAAUUACCAAAAUCGUACCAAUGAGUUUUAUCUUCUGUCAAUCGACUGUUUCAGUUUUGUCUGUUUUUUAGUCGGUAACAAAGCUUCUUCUGUGUAACUGUCAGACCAAUGUAAACCACUAUUGAUCCAUGUAUUGAUUACUUUUGAAGUGUUCAGUGUGUGAAAUGUUUGGAAGUGAUGAGAAAAGUCCAUCAAUGAUUAUAAGAGUUCAGUUCAACAAACCAGACAGAUUCAGCUGAAUCUGAUAUGAGACAGAGAAGCAGCCAAUCAGUGGAGCCGCUGCAGAGGAGACCAGUUUCAGUGCUGGACUGAUGCUUUGGUCUCUGCUCUCAGUGUUUCCUCCACAGAUGAAGGUGGAGCGUCUCUGGGAGCCGAUGUGGAUGUGAAUUCAGCAGCAGCUUCAGAGCAGGUUGUUGUGUUGGCGUGGACUCAGCUAUGAAUCGGUGUGAGGACAGACAGGAGGGGGUCCGUCCCUCUGACGGGGAUCAUGACGACCAGACCAAAGCUCAGAGGAUCCAUCAGAGACCAGACUGUCCUGAACCUGAACCCAUGCUGAAGGACUUGGAAUUGACAAAUACAACAUCAGAAGUCACAGAGCCUUGUCCAGUGACAGGGAGGACGCUGGAAAACCCUGAACCUGAACCCAGCUGUCUGUCCAUGAAGAGUGACUGGUCGAUGGAUCGUCCAAUAGUCUUCAAAAAUGCCCAGAAAUACCUUUUAACUGAAAGAGUCGACCAGGAGAGCUCAGAGGUUCCCAGUGUUCAGUCGGCCCAGCAGCAUCAGACUCACCUGGACUCCAUGUUUAUGCUGCUGGAGGAGAACAUUGUCACUUUUGUGAAGAACGAGCUGAAGAAGAUCCAGAAGUUUCUGAGUUCAGAUUCCCCAGAAUUCUUAGGGAGUCAGAUGGAGGAUGAGGAGGUGUUAAACAGUGAGGAUGAAGAGCAGAGGAAGAGCAGCAGAGAAGCAUUUCUGAAGAUCACGCAGCACUUCCUGAGGAGCAUGAAGGAGGAGGAUCUGGCUGACCGUCUGCAGAGCAGAUAUCCUGUUUCAGUUUGUUUCCAGCAAACACUUAAAUCUAACCUGAAGGAGAAGUUCCAGUGUGUGUUUGAGGGGAUUGCUAAAGCAGGAAACCCAGCCCUUCUGAAUCAGAUCUACACAGAUCUCCACAUCACAGAGGGGGGGACUGGGGAGGUCAAUAAUGAACAUGAGGUCAGACAGAUUGAAACAGCAUCCAGGAAACCAGACAGACCAGAAACAACAAUCAGACAUGAAGACAUCUUUAAGCUCCCACCUGGAAGAGAGGAACCAAUCAGAACAGUGAUGACGAAGGGCGUGGCUGGCAUUGGGAAAACAGUCCUAACACAGAAGUUCACUCUGGACUGGGCCGAAGACAAAGCCAACCAGGACAUACAGCUCACGUUUCCAUUCACCUUCAGAGAGCUGAAUGUGCUCAAAAAGACAAAGUUCAGCUUGGUGGACCUUGUUCAUCAAUUCUUUCCUGAAACAAAAGCAGCAGGAAUCUGCAGGUUUGAGGAGUUCCAGGUUGUGUUCAUCUUUGAUGGUCUGGAUGAGUGUCGACUUCCUCUGGACUUCACCAACAAUGAGAUCCUGACUGAUGUUACAGAGUCCACCUCGGUGGAUGUGCUGCUGACAAACCUCAUCAGGAGGAAACUGCUUCCUUCUGCUCGUGUCUGGAUAACCACACGACCUGCAGCAGCCAAUCAGAUCCCUCCUAAGUGUGUUGACAUGGUGACAGAGGUCAGAGGGUUCACUGAUGAACAGAAGGAGGAGUACUUCAAGAAGAGAUUCAAAGAUGAGGAGAUGGCCUGCAGGAUCAUCUCCCACAUCAAGACAUCACGAAGCCUCCACAUCAUGUGCCACAUCCCGGUCUUCUGCUGGAUCACUGCUACAGUUCUGGAGGAUGUGAUGAAGACCAGGGAGGAAGGAGUGCUGCCCAAGACCCUGACUGAGAUGUAUGUCCACUUCCUGGUGGUUCAGUCCAAACUUAAGAAUACCAAGUAUGAUGGAGGAGCUGAGACAGACCCACAGUGGACUCCAGAGACCAGUGAGAUGAUUGCGUCUCUGGGAAAACUGGCUUUUGAGCAGCUGCAGAAAAGAAACCUGAUCUUCUACGAAUCAGACCUGACAGAGAGUGGCAUCGAUAUCAGAGCAGCCUCGGUGUACUCAGGAGUGUUCACACAGAUCUUUAUAGAGGAGAGAGGACUGUACCAGGACAAGGUGUUCUGCUUCAUCCAUCUGAGUGUUCAGGAGUUUCUGGCUGCUCUUCAUGUCCAUCAGACCUUCUUUAAUUCUCGAGUCAAUCUGCUGUCAGAAGGACAAUCAACAUCCCUGAAGUCUGAAACAAGACAAGAUGAAUCUGCAAACUUCUACCAGACUGCUGUGGACAAGGCCUUACAGAGUCCAAAUGGACACCUGGACUUGUUCCUCCGCUUCCUCCUGGGUCUUUCUCUGCAGACCAAUCAGACUCUUCUAAAAGGUCUGCUGACACAGACAGGAGGUAGCUCACAGACCAAUGAGGAAGCAGUCCAGUACAUCAAAAAGAAGAUCGAGAAGGAUCUGUCUCCAGAGAAAAGCAUCAAUCUGUUCCACUGCCUGAACGAACUGAACGAUCGUUCUUUAGUGGAGCAGAUCCAACAGUCCUUGAGAUCAGGAAGUCUCUCCACAGAUGAACUGUCUCCUGCUCAGUGGUCGGCUCUGGUCUUCAUCUUACUGUCGUCAGAAAGAGAUCUGGAUGUGUUUGACCUGAACAAAUACUCUGCUUCAGAGGAGGCUCUCCUGAGGCUGCUGCCAGUGGUCAAAGCCUCCAACAAAGCUCUACUGAGCGGCUGUAACCUCUCAGAGAGAAGCUGUGAAGCUCUGUCCUCAGUUCUCAGCUCCCCGUCCUGUAGUCUGAGAGAGUUGGACCUGAGGAACAACAACCUGCAGGACUCUGGAGUGAAGCUGCUGUCUGCUGGACUGGAGAGUCAGCACUGUAAACUGGAAACUCUCAGGCUGUCGGGCUGUCUGAUCACAGAGGAAGGCUGUGCUUCUCUGGCUUCAGCUCUGAGCUCCAACCCCUCCCAUCUGAGAGAGCUGGACCUGGGCUACAACCAUCCAGGGGGCUCAGGAGAGAAGCUGCUGUCUGCUGGACUGGAGGAUCCACACUGGAACCUGGAUUCCCUCAGGGCGGAGUCUGGUGGAGUCCGAUGGCUGAGACCAGCUCUGAAGAAGUAUUCCUGUGAGCUGGCUCUCGACACAAACACGGUCAACAAAAAGAUCAAACUGUGCGACGACACCAGGGAGGUGGUGUAUGUGGACCAGGGGGAGUCGUAUCCUGAUCAUCCCGACAGGUUUGAUGUCUGUCAGAUCAUGUGUGGAACUGGUCUGACUGGUCGCUGUUACUGGGAGGUCGAGUGGAGAGGAAACGCUUCCAUAUCAGUCACCUACAGAGGAAUCAGAAGGAAGGGAAUCGGUAAACAGUGUUUCUUUGGAGAGAAUGAUCAGUCCUGGAAUCUGAGCAUCUGUGAUGGUUCUUACUCCGUCUGGCACAAUAACCAACAAACCUCCAUCGCCUCCCCCUCCACCGUCUCCAACAGAGUUGGGGUGUAUGUGGACUGUCCUGCUGGGACUCUGUCCUUCUACAUAGUCUCUUCUGACACACUGAUCCACCUCCACACCUUCAAGACCAUUUUUACUGAACCUCUCUAUCCUGGCUUUGGAUUUAGUCUCAAUUCUGGAACUGGAUUCUGGUGUUCCGUGUCUGGUUCCGCUGUAACUCUGUGUUCUCUGUAGGAGAACAGUCUCACUGGUGACCACGUGGUUCAGUCUGUAGAGGAUCACACACAGCUGAUGUUAGUUAGUACCGACCUGGUUUUGUAUGACCGUCUGUUGUUAACGGUCGGCAGGUUGAAAUCUACGGUGGCCAUAAGGGACAAAACACAUAAAGAAAUGGAGACAACAGUAUUUCACAAAACCAUGUCAGGACAUCAGGAAUCUGUAGGUGUUGUUCCCACCAGCCGGUCUAAUUGGAAUAACUCCCACAGAUUGAACAGUUUUUAUCCUGGUUGUUGGUAAAAGGUCCACAUUUGAGCUACAUGAGUCAUUGCUAGAACCACAUUUGUUACUUCCAUCGAGGGAUGUGACCUCAUUGCGCAGCAUACAGCCUGUUUCUCCCUGCCCCCACCCCCCAAACCAGAGGCUUCUAUUAUUCAGUCUUGCAUCUAAUAAGUUGUAAAUGUGUUUAACAACCUGCUGUCUGUGAGAACGGCUGUGAGGACUGCUCUCCAUGCAGCCUGCUUCUAAGAACAACCUGCAAAUCCUUUCCAAUCACAGGCCAGAAAACCUUGUAGAGGUCUGAGGAGGUCCGUCAGUGCCGGGAGCCUCGCCUCUCUAGGCUCUGCGGCACCACAUCUGAGUGCCUCCACAGGAACGUCGGGUCGGCCCUGAUGGAACACCUGCGCCGCCUCUGAUCCCUCCUGGACCUUCUUGUUGAAGCCGGCCUGUGACGGGCCACCGGCCACCAUGCAUCUUUUUUGUCCAUUUUUUGUCUGAGGCCGUAGAAGAAGUGAGGGGGAGAGUCCAUAAACAGGAAGGAACCAGAGCAGGUCUCUCUGUCCUGGGGAGCCUCACAGCUCCACUGCUUGAAACUUCCCCCUUCAUGUGUUGCGUGCUGCCUAAAAGGAUUUGACUGUAAAUCUCUUCCUGAGGUUCACUUUAAUCUCUUCACAGCUGCUGUUAAUAACACACACACACACCUGACCAUGACCUUUGACCUCUGACCUUCAGCUGAUCCUCCAGCCACACAAAGACUUUUCAAACACACAAAAACCUUUGAAAGAACAAGUUCACUGUUAUUCACAUCUCUUAAAACAAGCAGUAAUUAUGAAUUAGUAUGUUAAUUAUUUGUCUGUGUUAGUCGUCAAUCAUUUACAUUCAUGAACCACAUCAGAGUCACAGGUCAGAGACUCGAAGGCCAGAGACUCGAAGGUCGGAGACUCGAAGGCCAGAGACUCGAAGGUCAGAGACUCAAAGGUCGGAGACUCGAAGGCCAGAGACUCGAAGGUCAGAGAAGGACAGUGAGACCUGCAAAGUUUCAGAUUUUCACAGCAGAGACCAGAGUUCAACAAGUUCUUACAUCUUGUAUUCAAUAAUAUGAUAAAAACUAAACUACUUAGUAAAUGUAUAGAAAUAUUAUUGACAUGAAAAUAUACAAACCAUAUAUAUAUAUAUAUAUAUAUACACACACCAUAUAAGAACCAACAGUAAAAGCUGUGAUACAGAACAAACAGUAUGUUAUUAUAUUCCAGUUAUUGAUGUGAUGAUGAUCACUGAUGACUGAUAAUCUGCUCACCGUUGUUUCCUUCAAGAUGUUUGCAGAUAAAUGAAUUAAAUUGUU